UGAGGGUAGCAUUCGCGGUGCACCAUGUCGGGGAACAUCGUCGCGGAGUGGUUGCGCUCCCUUCGGCUCGGCCAGUACGCCGAGAGCUUCAUCGACAACGGCUACGACGACCUGGAGAUCUGCAAGCAGGUGGGCGACCCGGACCUCGACGCCAUCGGCGUCUUCAACCCCGCGCACCGCGCCAGGCUGCUGCAGUCGGUGCGGACGCUCCGCGAGGAAGGCGCCGCGUCGGUGUACUUCACCCUGGAGGAGGCGCCCGCCGUAGCUGCCGUCAACGACGAGUGUUUCUGUGACGAUGUGAGUGUGAAGUCUUCGAGGACCUCUUCGGGGAGGUCGGAGAAGGAAGUGUCGAGGGUGACGGCUUCGCCGGCGGCGUCGUCGUCGGCGGAGAGCGGCCAGGAAGUGGCCAAGUACUUGGAUGAGUACGAGGAGGGCAAGGCGGAGCUGGUGAAGAUCCCCAGGGUGCAGCUGAAGAUGUUGCUGAGGGAGAAGCUGGCCAAGGACGGGAUCAGGCUGAGCUGCCAACCGUACUCGACUUCGGACGGUGAAAGGGGGUACCUAGAGGGCCUGGCCUCGCGCUACGCGGAUCUCUUCAGCACCCACUACGGCGACGUCCUGAGCCACCUGGAGGACCUGCGACGGCUGGAGUGGGAGACAUCGCCGAAGGAGCGUACGGCGGUUACACCGGGCACUCCACCUGCAAGGUACAGUCCCGGAGGUGGUACACCGGUGUCAACGGGGCACGGUCUCACCAGCUCGCAAUCCCAGCCAAUAUAUGUGCCCGGGAAGUAUUCCCCGUCGAGCUGUUUGAGCGGCAAAGAGGAAGAUGAGAUAUAUGGCUUCGGGUACGGCGUGUUCUCGGCCCAGAUCGCCAGGCAGCAGCAACAGAGGUUAAUGGGGCAGAUCCCCACCAGCCACCAGCCGCUCCUCCUCCACCAGCAGCACAACUACCAGACAUGCCUAAGUCCUAGAUCGGCCUACUUUUACGAAUUCCCCCCAAAUGAACAAAACUACUGCAACACCAAGAAGCGGACGACGUUCUCGAGAUUCUUGCGCGGCCUUAAGACAUCCCACAGGAAAGAGAAGCACGGGACCAGCUCACCGAGGCACGGGAGGGCCGCCGCCAGGGGCGUACCGCAAAGGGUCGACACGCCAGACAGCGUCCUCCAGAGCGGUCUGGGUCUGACAGAUCUGGGCCAGCACGCCGUCCUGCGCUCCAUGGUGGACCCCCGUGACUACGACAGGCUGAGGCACCUGCAGAUGAACGGAGGCACGCCGAACACCUUCGAAGAGACAAUCUAUAAGCUGAAACUGCAAGAGGCUUUAAGGAAGAGGGAAAAAUUCACGAAGGAGCACGAGGAGAUUUUAAGAGACAUAAAACAGGGUUUAUUGCAAUUAGGAAAAGAAGGCAUUCGAGGACCUUUAUCUGGAGACGACACCUACAUGUACGACGAGGACGCCCGGAUGCUAGCCCCCGGCACCCACUCACUGGGCCACUGGUACGACGAACCCCCCUACGAGAGCGACCCCGAGGAUUUCCUGAUGGGCGGCAGCCCGGGACCCACUGCCACCAUACAGAACGGCAGGGUCUGUUUCACCCUCAACCUGAGGCAGGAACCCCGAGGCGAGGGGAUCAUCAGCCUGAGGAGCGCGGGGGACAUAUCUCUGCCGAGGGAGAUCACCCCUUCCGGGAUAACGCCCAGGGGGACGCCCAGGAGGGGGCUGAUCCUGCCCCCGCAAGCCGGGUAUCCCCCGGCCAUCAUCCCCCUUAGGUCUUCGAGGGACAGGGAAAGCGGGGAUUACGCGGGUUCCGACGUCCAGAGCGUAAGCUCCAGACUGUCGACGCUGUCCGUGGACACGAGCCGUUCCGAGCAGCAGGAACUGGGCCAGAUAAUCUCGCCGCAGUAUUACACGCAACUGGAGAGCAAGAUCAGGCAUUUCAGGAAAUCGGCAGGGUACCCCCGAAGCGAGGACGGGCUGUCGCCCAGUCAGAGCUCCGACUACGAGGAUCAGGAGGAUUUCGCCAACUGCACCCAGCAGGUGGCGACUGUGCACGUGUCGAGUGACGGCAGAUCAGCGGGCGUGUCCGGAAUAGUGGGCAAAGUGAGGGGGAUCAGAGAGGACGUCCAGAGGAAAAUUUCCAGGUUAAAAAAUGAUGCUGCCGAGCAACGGGCCGCGGAACAGGCGUUCCCCUGCUCCGCCAGCUCCGUGGAGAGCCUGCCCAGCGGAUCUGGAUCCAGUACCCAGGCUUUGGUACGUGCGGGCAGCAACCACAGCUCCAUAUCGACUGAAGAGCCAGACCCGAGCCCUACGGACCAAAUAGUGGGAAGGGCCAGAGCGUUAGUGGACCAUACUCCGAGUCCUUACGACAAGGAAGCAUUAAAAUUUAAGGCUGGUGAUAUAAUAGAUAUAGUUUCAAUGAGCGCUAGUGGCCAAUGGAGGGGGAUCUGUAGGGGGAGGAAAGGCACGUUCAAGUUCAUCAACGUGGAACUGCUGUCGGAAAGGUCGGUGAAGAUGAAGCGAGAGAUCAAGUGGCACAGGAACAUCAAGGGGAAGCCCGCCUCGGUGGAGGAACUGCUGCAGAAGAUCAACCUGCAGGAGUAUAUUUCCGUGUUCGUCCUGAACGGGUACGAGGAUCUGGAAUUGUUCAAGGAGAUCGAACCUUCGGAUUUGGAUUAUUUGGGGAUCGUCAAUGCCGACCAUCGGGCGAAGAUCCUGACUGCGGUGCAGCUCCUUCACGACUUGGACUGUAA